CCUUUCUUCUCUUUCCCUCUUUGUUUUCCCCUUUGCACCUUCUCUUUCCUUUUUCCUUCUGUAGACUUAGGAUACUGAAGAGAUAGUUACAGGUGCCAACCUGGCAUAGCCCAGCAGUUAUCGGGUAGUAUGGGUUUGAAGAGACAGUGCUUUUGCUGCCUCAGCCCCACCACCCUACCUCCCCAUCCCCACAGGCCAUCCAGGCAUCAUCACCCAAGGAGCCAGAGUCUCUGAAAGUCUUGGCCCUGCCAAUUCCAGAAAUGAUGAUGGCCUCCCAGUACCAACUAUGCCCAGAGAACCUGGAGCCUACUCUCUAGCUAAUUGUUGCCCUUCUCCUCAGAGAAGAAAGCUUGCUUGUCCCUAGAUUGGGGCAGGAGACUAUGUAUCUUAACUCUGCCUCUUUAGCAUCUUCAUGGGGCACCAUUUUUCUUCUCUUCUGAUCCCUUGCUUUUGGGCCAGGAUCAGUUGAAAGCCAAGUCCCUUAUUGCCUGGACCUAUUUUUCUGACACAAGGACAGUUAUCAGGGAAUAAGGACUUGGGUCUGCUUAGGCCAGGUUGGGGAUGGCCCUUUGGAGCUCAGUCGGGGGUGCUCAGCUUUCCUUAGGUAAUACCCAGGGAUGUGCCAGGCCUCUGGUCCUGUGGGUUCUAACCCCAAAAUAGGGAAUGGAGACUCCCUGAACCAUGAGACUGGGAGGAGGGGGGUAGUUCUGCUAGCCUUGCCCCAGGAGUCCUUAGUAAUCUAUACUGCUUUGCCUGUUCCCUGUUCUCUUCCCCCAAAACCACCCCUCCCUCCCCCCGUACCCCUCCCUGGCCUCAGUCAGUGGGCCCCAUUCCUCUCUCUUCCCAACCUGUCUCUUGAGACAGUGCCUCAUUCCUGUCCUUCACUUUCUGCUGUUACCUUGAAGAUUCCUGGUGAGCUGGAUGCCCGUUCCAAUGUCUUGCUGAGCCUCCGGAGCCCAGGGAUGGAAGGCCCCCCUGGGGGGGGCACAGCCCCACCACCCAGGCCUGCUGCCCCUGAGAGACCGCCUAGCCUGGUCCUGAGAUCAGAAAGUGAAGAAGAUGUGGAAGCUGAAGAUGGUGAGGAGGGUAGCCCUGUGGCAGCCCUGUAUCCAGCCAGGCCCCCUGGUCCCAGAAGCAUGGAAGGCCUCAGGGAUCCCCAGGAUAAUGAUGGUGUUGCUGAUGGGCCACCCCAUCAUGGCCUCGGCGACACCCUCCCCUCUGCCUCUGCCGCCACCACCGCCCACCGGAGCAGCAGCCGCUACCGGGAUGGAGGUGGUGCAGAAUUCCCUCUGGGUUCACCACCGCUGCUGCUCCGGGGUCGGUUCCCCAGCCCUUCGGAUGGGAGGGGCAGCCGGGCACCGUGGGAACGCCCUCUCUGUGUGGACAGAGGGGCCGAUGUCAGGGAGGAGAGCACUUUAGAGAGGCCGUCCAGCUCCAGGGAGUCUGGGGCCCCAUUCUGUCCCCGGGAGGCCUCCUCUGUCAGCGAGUCCAAAGCUGUACACACUGUGAAAACUCACACUGAAUUGGGAGGGGGGCCGGAGCUCCGAGGCGCUCCUGAGAUUGCAGCUGAGUCCCCUGCUCCCCUGGGGUCCUGGGAGGACAGGCGCCCCUCUUCUGAACCAAAGCCCCUUGACACUUUCCACAGAGAGCACUUAUCGAAGAACAAGAAGGGCAUCGUGAGGUUUGAUUGGUUCUCAGACCCUGACGAGCAUGCCCACUAUAGGGAAGAGGGCCAAGGACUAGACGGUGGGGUCGGGCAGUCCAUGCGAGUCCAGCCCCUGCGAGAGGCGGCUCCCCCGCUGGCCCUUCCGGGUUUCAGGAAAAGCCCUGCUCCUGGGUUAGGCACGAUCAGAACCCUGGAGGCAGCAGUGGUCACUGAGAGGAAGGGGCUGGUGGCAGAGCCAGAGGCGUCUCAGAGGAGCCCUCUUCCUGAGCCCCACCCUGAGUGGGUCCUGCCCAGGCCGGGUCUUCAGGCCGGCCCCGAACUGGCCAUCAGUAAACAGACAUGGACAGUGAAUGAGGAAGACUCAGUGGAACGGCUGUCCCUGGAGCCCCCACCUCGUGGCCCCUAUGACAUUGAAGUGAGGCCCUAUUUCUGUAACUUGGUAGAGGAGGUUGACAAGGAGGCACUGGGGCAGGAAGAAGACCCUGCUGUCUACACUUGCAUUGAGUGUAGCAUUUACUUCAAGAAGAAGGAGCAUCUCCUGGAUCACAUGAUGCAACACAGCCGAGGCCCCGGGCAGGACCCUGUAGGUGACUCCCGAGGGGGACAGGGGCAGUUCUCCUGCAGUGAGUGUGGCUGGGCAUUUGGGGACCCUGGCACUCUGGAGCAGCAUCGCCGGCUCCACCAGGAGUCUAGGGAGAAGAUUAUUGAGGAAAUUCAGAAAUUGAAUGAGUUCCCAGAUGAAGGACGAGACGCUCGACUCCAGUGCCCCAAAUGUGUGUUUGGCACCAAUUCUUCCAAGAUCUUUGUGCAGCAUGCCAAGAUGCAUGUCAGGGAGAGGAGGGACCAAGGGGCUAAGAGCCUGGGCCUCUCUGGCCACUCAGGAGGUGAGGCCCAGGACAGUCCUGGCCACCUUGCCUACAAACACUUCAGACCCAAUGAGCCACCAAUAGCCCAGGGACCAUCCCUAGGGCUGGGAAAGGGCCUCCACAGUUGCAUCCUCUGUGGUUUCCCGGCCCCUAAUGAAAAUGUUUUGAAGGAACAUGUGAAGUAUGCCCACUCUCACCAGCCCUGGGGAGAUGUUGAAGCUUUCGAGGAUCCAGCCAGCCAGCCUGGAACCAGCCGUGACACCUACAGCCCUGCUCGGCUAGCCCGAAUGCCUGAUGUGGACUAUUUUGGCAAAGCAGACCGGCUGUUUGCUCCAGCAUGGCAGGAAAGCUCUGUUCAUUAUGAUCCCACCCCUGCCUUUGCCCUGGGACACCACCGGCUGGACAGGAGUGGUCGGGUAAAGAAGGGUUUUCCCACCCCUAGCUUCCAUUCAAGAAAAAUGCUUCCUUAUGGUUCCACCCACAAGACCUUGGGAAUGUUGCCAUUCUCCUCGGCCAAAGUUUAUAGCCCCUAUACCUUGCAUCCUAGUAAAAAAAAAAGUAUGGCCCACCUGAAGGACCUGGAGAGUGACAUGGGUCAAGACUUCCUCACUGGGUGGGAGGAGCUCAGGCCCCCAGGGUCAUAUACCAGUGACCUGGGGAGCAUGGAGGAGGAGAUGUCUUUAACCACUGAGAUUGACUUUCCUCAGAACCGAAGCUUUAACCCUGUCACCAUCCCCCAACCUGCCUUGGAGCUCAAGAGGACUUUUCGAGAUGCCUUACAGAAGGCCAAGUCCUCAGAGGCACAGCAGCACCAGCUGCGGAAGAUGGUCCCCAUCGUCCUUGUGGAGGAGAUGAAUCUGCAGCCCCCGCGGGGAGCUUUUCAAGCCCAGGGUCGGUUGACAAAGGCCCAAGGGGCCCCCUCUUCCACAGAGCUCAUGCUGGAUGGGCCUAUCCCACUGGAUUUGUUGCUGCUGGACUCCCCGCUCGAAGGGCCCUUGGGAAUUGACGACCUCUUUGACUCAGAUUCCCCCAUGCUGAAGAAUGAGGAGAGGAAGUGCCCUUACUGCCCAGACAGGUUUCACAAUGGGAUCGGCCUGGCUAACCAUGUUCGUGGCCACUUGAACCGUGUAGGGGUGAGCUACAAUGUCCGGCACUUCAUUUCUGCAGAGGAAGUGAAAGCAAUCGAGCAAAAGUUCUCCUUCCAAAAGAAGAAGAAAAAAGGUAUUGCCAACUUUGACCCCAGCACAUUCAGCUUGAUGCGCUGUGAGUUCUGUGGAGCAGGCUUUGACACCCGAGCAGGCCUUUCCAGCCAUGCCCGGGCUCACCUGCGAGACUUUGGCAUCACCAACUGGGAGCUCACCAUUUCACCCAUCAACAUUCUCAAGGAGCUGCUGGCGGCCUCGGCGGAGCGCCCUGUGUUGGUAGCCCCAGGCCCAGGGGAGCCUGGGUCCCCAGGCUGUGAGCGGGAGAUGCUGGGCUUUGGCCCACCCAGCCUGAUGACUAUGUCUGAGUGCAGAGGGCGGGGCUCGCCACUCUCUCCCUUCCCCCAAGCCUGGGGUGAUGACUUGGGGCCAAUCUACCGAGAUGUUCUGGCCUCUGAGGAAGAAGAGAUGGUGGCUGUGGAGCUGGCCUCACCCCCGCUCCCAAAGAAGAGUGCUCUUCCACCUGGGCAGCUAGAGCAGACCACCAGCAGGUUGGGUAACAAGAUGUCUCCAGAGAUCCCCCAUGGGAGCAAACAAGAGCCCCCAGAUCUCAAAGCUCAGAAUCUGACAACAUGUGAGGUGUGUGGUGCUUGUUUUGAGACUCGAAAAGGCCUUUCCAGCCAUGCGCGCUCCCACCUUCGGCAGCUAGGCGUGGCUGAGUCUGAAAGUAGUGGAGCCCCCAUCGACCUGCUGUACGAGCUGAUGAAACAGAAAGGAAAACCCGACAGCAGUCCCCUGCCCCCACCCCUGGCCAAGAAAUCCGGCUCCCCGAAGGAGGCAGCUGCUGCCUCUCCCCGCCCAGGCCUGCUGACCCUCAGCAAGGCAAUUGACAGACCCCCCGAUACCCCCAUCAACAAGGCCAUCAAGUCACCCCCUGGCUUCUCAUCUAAGGGCCUUUCCCACCCACCAGGCUCCCCUCUUCUCAAGAAGGUGCCGUCUGCCUUGUCGGGGUCCCCCCCACCCAAGAACCCUGAGGACAAGAGCCCCAAGCUGCCCCUGAGCCCCCUAUCAGGCUCCCCGAAGGCGCAGUGGCCCCAGCCAGAGGAUGAGGGGCCCCUGAACCUCACUUUAGAUAGUGAUUCGGGCAGAGAGCUUGAUUGCCAGUUGUGCGGGGCCUGGUUUGAGACCAGAAAGGGCCUGUCCAGUCACGCCAGAGCCCACCUGCGCCACCUGGGGGUGAGCGACCCGGAUGCCAAGGGAUCCCCCAUAGACGUGCUUCACGAGCUCAUCAAGAGCGACGGCUUCCAGACCCGCCUCCCAGCAGAGCGGGAGGUGCUGGCAGAGCCUGGGCGGUCUGGCCUUUCGGCCCUCCGGCCCUCGGCCACGGCUCUCUCACUGCUCUCCCCCCCGCCCGCCAAGAAGCCCAAACCGAGGGCGUCGGGUGAGGCCAGCCUUCGGGGGAAGCAGGAUCUCUCUGCCAGCAUAUUCUGGGCCUCAGACGUGGAGCUGUCUCCUCUCAAUCUCUCAUCAGGCCCGGAGCCAGUCAGGGACAUCCGUUGUGAGUUUUGUGGUGAGUUCUUUGAGAAUCGCAAAGGCCUGUCAAGCCAUGCACGCUCCCACCUGCGGCAGAUGGGAGUAACAGAGUGGUAUGUCAACGGCUCACCCAUUGACACCCUGCGAGAAAUCCUAAAGCGCCGGACCCAGCCUCGAGCUGGAGGACCUCCCAACCCAACCUUACCAGGCCCAAAGGGACUGGCCAAGGCAAUGGGUGGGGGUCCUGGGGGUUCCCUGGAGGCCCGAAGUGCAUCAGAGCUGCAUGUAGCUCCCCCGCCCAAGAAGCUGCAGCCAUCUAGCAGUCCCCUGGGCCACUCACCAACCACCUCUCCGCCCCCAACUGCUCGGAAGAUGUUCCCUGGUCUUCCACCUCCCUCCCUCCAGAAGAAACUGAAGCCUGACCAGAUGCGGAUGGAGAUCAAACGGGAGAUGUUGGCUGGAAGCCUGCAUGGUGAAGGACACCCAUCUGAUGGACCCUGGGCACCUCGUGAGGACAUGGCACCCCUGAAUCUGUCUUCCCGGGCUGAGCCGGUCCGGGACAUCCGCUGUGAGUUCUGUGGUGAAUUCUUUGAAAAUCGAAAGGGCCUGUCAAGCCACGCACGCUCCCACCUGCGGCAGAUGGGGGUGACCGAGUGGUCGGUUAAUGGUUCGCCUAUUGAUACUCUUCGAGAGAUCCUGAAGAAGAAGGCCAAACCGUGUCUCAUUAAGAAGGAGCCUGCUGCAGGCGAAUUGCCCUCACCCCUGGGUGAGGAUGGGCCCAAAUCCCCUGGGAAGGUGCUUCAGGCCCUGUCUCUGACCCCAUUGGCUGGUCGUCCUGGCAAACCUGGGCCUGGCUCUGCCAAUGUACCCCGGGAGAUGAGCCUCUCUCCUCUUGCCACCAAACCAUCUACUGGUUUCCUCACCCCCAUGGCGGCAAAGCGGCCGCUGCCUGAAGACCGACUUCUCUCUGGGGAACUGAAGCCUAAAACCUAUAUACAGACGGAGCUGCCUUUCAAGACUAAGACCAUUCACGACAAAAGCUCACACACUUCCAGCGAGGCCUGUUGCGAGCUAUGUGGCCUCUACUUUGAGAAUCGUAAGGCAUUAGCCAGCCACGCUCGGGCUCACCUGCGACAGUUUGGGGUGACAGAAUGGUGUGUGAAUGGCUCCCCAAUCGAGACCCUGAGUGAGUGGAUCAAGCACAGACCCCAGAAGGUGGGGGCCUACCGCAGCUAUAUCCAGGGUGGCCGGCCCUUCACCAAGAAGUUCCGUAACUCAGGCCACGGGCGAGACGGGGACAAACGAGUGCCCCUCACGUUGGCUCCCAACAGCCUCACCCUGGUGAACAAGAACCUGGGGGGUGAGCUAGGAUCUGGGGAAGCAGGCCGGACUGGAGAUGGUGGUGAACGACCCCUGGCAUCCUCCCCUCUGGCUUUGGUGAAGGCCGAGGAGCACCAGCGUCAGAAUAUCAAUAAAUUUGAGCGCAGACAAGCCCGACCUCUGGAUACAACCUCGUCUCGGGGUGAGGAAGCCAGUGACUUUCAGCAGAAGCUAGAGGAAGUGCGACAGCCACCUCCCAGAGUAAGGCCUGUCCCCUCGCUGGUCCCCCGCCCUCCCCAGACGUCUUUGGUGAAGUUUGUGGGCAACAUCUACACUCUGAAAUGCAGGUUCUGCGAAGUGGAGUUCCAGGGUCCCCUCUCCAUCCAGGAGGAGUGGGUACGGCAUCUUCAGAGGCACAUCCUGGAAAUGAACUUCUCCAAAGCAGAGCCCCGGCCAGUGGAGCCUGAGGCCCCUGAGGCACAGACAGUGGCCGAGGCUCAGUAAUGGGAGGCAGUGUGAAGCAUUCCAGAGCCACCUCUCUUCCUUUCCCUCUCUCUGUUGGUUUCACCCUUUCUCUCCACCAACCUCCUCUGUUCCGUUUUCAAAGGAGCAAGUCACAACCUCAACACUCAGGCCCAGGCCCUGGUGCCCUAAGCGUGAACACUACAGAUGAUGAUGAGUUGUUUUCCUAGCCUUCCCUUCCUCCGUUCCUUUCUUCCUUGGGCUUGGAAACUACCCUAGCCAGGGUAUGAUAGUGCAAAGAGGACAUUUCUCCCCACAGGUUUUAGGGCAAAACUCGUACCCAUGAGCACUCGAGUAUUGCUUAUGCCAGGAGGGAGAGAGGUGGCUUGCUUCUUUCUGUCUGUGGCCAAGCAGAUUAGAAAUCUGCAGAGAGCCAUAGAGGAUAGUUCCUCUGUUGGGACCCUGAGGGCUGGAGCCAGAGCAAGGCAGUCAGUCUCCACUCAGUUAAUUGUGUGUAGAAUCCCAAAGCCCCUGUCUGUUUGCUGCCUCAGGAACCAGGUGGUUAUUAUUAACCACCUGGUUCCUCUUUUGCCCCAGGUUGGCUGCAUGAUAGUCCUCACUACUUCUGACCUCUCCCCAAACUCCCAGACACAACCCACCCUCCACACACUCCCAGGGCAUCUUGUUUCAUGGGGGAAUCUGCCCUUCCCUACCCUCCUCCCUUCUUCCUUCCUUUUUUCCCCCGUUCACUAUCCUAUUAGAUGCCCGGUCAAACGAGUGCAUCAUUCCCACGGUGCUUGCUCCAGGGCCCUCUCAUGCCUGGUGUGGGGGUCAGCGUUGGCCUCAGGCCUUCCACAAUGCCCAGGCGGGGGGAGCACUGAUAGCCUCCAAUGCCACGGAAAUCACUGGUGGCCCCCUAAGCAGCCUGAGGCCCCGAGAGGGGUUUUCCCUGAAAAGAAUUAAGCUCAGAGCUGACAGCUUUCUCCUGCCAAGUCAUGUCCCCAAAGAUCAGCAAGGGGGUACUUUAGAGGCCCCCUCCCCCUACCCCCACUCUGGGAUGGGACUCUGUUUUUCCCCCAUCUCAUCCCUUCUUUCACUAUUGCUUUUUAUGUAUAGCUUCCUAGACCUUCCACUUUUUUAAACUAGUUUUGUGUAGAGAAUAAGGAGCAUUGAUUUUUAUUUUGGAGUCCUGGGCCAAGUAAAGCCGGGAGGCAAUUGACCUUUUAACUUUUUUCAGUGGCCACUGGUUAUUAAUGUACCUAGAAGUAUGUAAAUUAGAUUAAAUUUCUCUUCUGGAAACACAUCUGGGUAGCUGGAGGGGUGUGUGUGCGUGUGUGUGUGUGCGUGUGUGUGUGUAUGUGUGUUUUUCUAUAGGGGUGACAAAAGAGAAACAUACCAAGGUCCUUUCUAAGUUAGUGAGCCCUCGAUGGGUCUGAGGGUGGACAAGUAAAAAGACUUCAUUGCUUGGGAAUUGCAGCCACUGAUCUUUUCUAGAGACAAGUUAGAAUUGGACCCAGGCCUCUAGGGGUCUUUGGACUCAAGUGCUAGGGGCAUUGGAGGUGUGAAAGAGCUGCUGUACUUUUCUGAGUAAUGAGGGGCAAAGCCCAGAGCAUUUCUGUGCUAUAGAAAUGCCAUCACUUUGGCAGAAGGGAUCUGGCCGGUGGGCAGGAGUCCUGUGGUCACUUCAUACGGAAGAAGGAACACUCCCCUUCCCCAGGGGGUUUAUUGGAGUCUGAAGACUAGUGCUGAGAAUGAAGUUAGCAUUUUUGACUCAAUAAAAGAAAACAUUUUCUAACAAUUAGAACUAUGCAGUAAUGGAUGGAAAUGGAAAGAAGCCCGCCAUCCCCAGAGGUGAGAGAACAGCCUGCGUCCCUGCAUAGUGGAAAGAACACUGGAUUUGGAACCCAGCCCUGCUGCCUAUUACCAGUAUGACCUUGGGCAAGUUACAGUCCUACUUUAGACCUCAGUUUCUAAUCUUUAUUAGCACUGUACUUGGCACUUAGUAAGCCCUAAAUAAAAGCUUUUCAUUCAUAUGUAAAAUGA